AUGCCCGCUGGAACCAUGAUCCCAGAAAAGCCCCCAAAGCAGAUUAGAGAUUGGUCUGUUUGGACGGGUUGGCGUAACAUAGGUGAUGGCAGGGUUUGCGUUAGACGCAAAGCGUCGAGACAUGUCACGCCAGAUGUUGAAGGAUAUGAUUUGCGCACCACAUGGUUGUUUAACGCAAAGGAUCAAUGGUAUCAGCUUGAAGCCCAAACCAAAUGGCAGGAACUCGAAACAGCCGAAGCAGAUCUUCCCUUUCAGGCGGAGAUUCUCGUGACACAUUUUGAGAGGUCCGAGGCGGCUUCUCAUUCACCGGUCGUCGAAGCUGCAGCGCCCGAGGAAGCGGAGCCAGCGCGUCGCGCGGUCCGCGAGGCAGACGGCGAAGCAGCGGCAGAAGAAGAUGCGCGGCCGGAGCGCCCCUCCGAUGAAGCGGCAGAGGCGGAGGACGAAGAGGAAUGGGUAGAAGAGUUGGUCAUAAUGGAUUUGGCCAAGGAAAAAGGGUUGGAAAUGGCGCCAACCAGAUACGAGGCUCACGUGCAGUACCCUUACGAAGAGUACCUGAUACCGUUUGGUGCCUUGGUCUGGUAUAGAAAUAAGGAUGCUGGAACGUUCGCACCAAAGGGCGAGCCAGCUCUUUACAUGGGGCCCGAAGUGGUGGACGGAAUCCGUCACAAGGGUGCUCAUAUGGUGGCUGCGCUUAGGUCAAUCCGAGACGGAGACUUUGCGGUCACGGUCACCAAGGACCUUGCAGUGCCAAAUGGGCGCUGGAGCUUUCCGCUGGCUAAGGCAAGAGUGUUGGAUGAAGUUAAUCCUCACCACCGUCUGUUUGACAGCUUGUUGGACUUUCACGAGCCCCUGCGCUUGGAGCGAAACUACAAGCCGCCGGAGGAGGAGGAAGUGCCUGCCUUCUCAGGCCCAAGUGACGUCGCAGAGGCGGAGUCCCCAGGUGGGGCGGCUGCUUGUGUUGACUUGAUCCUUGGGGCAGUCGCAAAGGGUGCUUGUACGGACGUUGUUGCCCAACAGCUGUUUGAGUCGCUGAGUAAGCCUGGUCCCUUCGCACUUGCGGCAAAAGCCAGGAGGGAACUUGAGAAGAAGGCGAAAGGUGCUUGUUUUGUGGAGUUCUGUUGUGCGUCGUACAGUCAGUUGCGUCGCGUUGCAAAGAGCUUCGGAAUAGAAUACCUUGGCUUGAGUCUUGACUUCGUGGACUUGUCGGACCCAGAUGCCUUUGCGCAGGUUGAAGCUUGGGCAGUUGACAGGGCAGAGGCCGGCGUUGUGAUUCACUUGUUGGGAUCGUUACCUUGCACGCCUUGGGUUUCUUGGCAGCACCUUAACUUGGCAAAACAAGGUGAAGAGUUCAGAGCGUGUGUUGAAAAGGCUCGCGAGGAGUCGUUGGUGUUGGUUGAACACUUCACAAGGUUAGCGGAAGUUGCUGUGUGUUCAGGAGGGUCCGCGUCGUUUGAAUGGCCGAAGUACUGCGCGGGAUGGGUUCAGCAGCCGGUGCUGGACAUGAUAUCCCAGUUUGACAUGAAGAUGAGCCAUCCAACAGGGUGCGGUUUCCGCUUGUGCAUAGACGGCAAGUGGCCGUUGAAACAGUGGUGUGUCGUCAGUACGCAUGCGCGGUUGACUGUUGAGUUGGACCGUCGUUGUUGCAGACAUGACAAAGGCCACAAGCAUGACCAGCUGACCGGUGAUGUGGCAUGGAAAUCCGGGUUUUACAACAGAGCGAUGGCCACGGUCAUCCUUGGAGCUCUAUUCCCGAAAGAAGUACAUGACCAUGUCCCUGCGUGUCCAGUCGUGGCAAUUCCGGAAGGACCGGAACAGCACGCGGAGCGGGAUGUCCCAUUCCCGGCAGAGCUGACAGAAGUAACCGCCAUGGUGACCAAGGCACUUACUAGAAAGGAGAUGCUUGAGUCGGCUCCGGCGUUGGAGGCUGUUGCCAAAGAGGGAGAGAAGAUGCGUGCCAAAGAAGUUUGGGACGAUGCCACCGCCAUAGAAGUUGACGUGCUGUGUCGUCAGGCAAGAGAAAAGGGAGAGAAGAUACACAUAGCCGACGCAAUGGCUAUUGCUGGGAUUAAGAACUCAGAGCUCCCGCCGGACAAGCAUGUUCACAAGGGAAGGGUGGUAUAUCGUGGGGACAUCACUAAGGAUGAACAAGGAUCCCCGGCCUUGUUUCGGGAGUUGCAGUCGCUUCCCACCAACAUACAGGCCAUCAACCUCACCAUCUUCUUGGGCAUGAUAUCAGGUUGGUUGGUACAGGCUGCUGCGCUUGUCAGGCCUUUUUACAGGCGUGUGGCCGUUAAGCUACGUAAGGCAUUGUAUGGCCACCCGGAGGCUCCCGCGGACUGGCAGGCGCAUCUGGAAAGUGUACUUGUUGGCAUGUUGUUGGCUGUUGCAGUAGAUGGUUUUCCGUCAGUGUUUUGGUUACCUUCCUUGUGUGUGUUGGUCACCAUAUACGUCGAUGACAUCCUAGCAGCAGGCAAGCCAGCAUCGUUGGCCAAGUUCUGGGAAGAACUUCAACGCCACAUUGAGAUAGAGACACCUGGUGGAGUGGACCGGUUUUUGGGCAGGUACCACCUAACUCAGAGUGAGGGGGGUGUUAUCUUGCAUAUGUCGGAAUAUGCCCGCCAAUGUGUUGACCUAUACCUUAGCCUACCUGGGUCAAAGCCUCUCAAGGCGGCAGACUCGCCGUACGUGGCGGAGGGCACGCUCACGUUGGAAGACUACGAAAUCAAGGUAGCUCUGUCGACCCAGUCUGCGAAGAUACUUAUGAAAUUACUUUGGUUGGCACGGUUGUGUCGUCCUGAUCUAUCAUACGCGAUCUCGGCCCUAGCCUCGCAAUCGGCUACUUGGAGUAAAAAUGCCGAUAAACAAGUCCAUAAGUUGCUUUGCUACGUCUAUGCAACUAUGGAUGUGGGGUUGAGGGGGGUGGUUCGAGACAAGCUAGAAGAUUGCCAGCUUGAUUUGUUUGUUGACGCAGACCGUCCGCACACGGCGAAAUCCACCAGUGGCCUCUGGUUACAGGUUAGUGGACCAUCUGGGACGCAGUUCCCGAUAGCUUGGAGCAGUCGAAGACAGGGAGCCGUCAGUCGUUCAACGACGGAGGCUGAGAUGGUGUCACUAGGCGAAGGCUUGUUUGUCGAGACCUUGCCGGUACAGGACUUGCUGUCGAAGGUGUGCGGAACCACUGUACCUUUGGUAUUGCAUGAGGAUAACGAAGCUGUUUUGAAAGUGGUAGAGGCGGGGUACUCAGUGAAACUUCGAGGGCUGGUUAGAACCCAAAAGCUUUCCAUAGCCUCGGUGUCGGACUUUGUUAAGAAGCACAAGAACGAAAUUAUGCUGAGGUACACCAACACUAAGGAGCAGCUGGCAGACCUGUUCACUAAGGCGAUGUCCAGGAUGCCGUUCCGAGAACUUGCUGCAAAACUGGGGUUAACUAAGGUCCCUAGCUCCUAG